CAGCAUGCAACAAUACGGAAAAGAACGCGAUCUCGAAGAAGACUCGACAGAACACACCACAGAUCCUGGCUUCAUCACUUUCUUCAACAAACUCCCGGCAAAGUCGCCAGCGUCCGGAACGCUGCGUCUGUUCCACCGCAUCAGCGCCAACGGAGACUAUUACGGCGUGUACGGCCCCGAUGCGCGCUAUGUCGCAGAUACCGUGUUUCGCACUCAGACCGUGGUCAAAUACCUCGGGCCAGGCGGGAAAUCCGGGCUCCCGAGCCUCAACCUGCGCGCAUCCGUGGCGCUGACGCUUCUACGGGACUCUCUGACCUCCAAGCAGCUGCGGGUGGAGCUGUGGGAGCCGGAGCCUGGUCAAAGUGCGAAGAAGUGUAACAAGUUCGUGCUGGACAAGGAGGCCUCUCCAGGAAAUCUUCAGGCUGUCGAAGACCUUCUUUUUGGCGAUGCCGGGUCGGACUUGUCGACGCCACCCGUGGUCAUGGCCAUCAAAGUCGUGCCAACGACUGCCGCAGCUGGACGUGCUUUGGGGGUUGCGUUCGCCGAUCCGACUGUUCGCGAACUUGGGGUGGCAGACUUUGUCGAUAAUGAACUCUUCUCGAAUCUCGAGUCCCUGAUCAUCCAGCUAUCCGUGAAAGAAGCCAUCGUGGCCACAGGAACCGCUACGGGCACGACGGACCGUGACGUCGACUUGAACAAACUCAAAGGUGUGCUAGAACGAUGUGGGGUCGUCGUCACAGAACGUAAACCGAGCGAAUUCUCGUCGAAGAACAUCGCAGACGAUCUGCCACGGCUUUUAUCAGAGAAGACACUCGAAGCGUUCGGCGGAUCGGGGUCUUCUGCGGAUGCUACCCUCGUCAUCCCUCAGCUGGCUUUCACCAACGCGCCGUUUGCGCUGGCUGCGCUGAUCAAGUACCUCCAACUGCUCGGCGACGCUUCGAAUCUGGGCGCAUACUCUCUGCGGACGCAUGACUUGCAGCAGUUCAUGAAGCUAGAUGCGAGUGCUCUCCGGGCUCUGAAUCUCGUUGAGGCUGGCGGCUCAACGACGAAGAACACGACUUUGUUAGGACUGUUGAACAAAUGCAAAACGGCGCAGGGCACGAGGUUGUUAGGCAACUGGCUCAAGCAACCGCUGGUCAAUCUCCAUGAGAUUCAGAAGCGGCAGAAUCUAGUGGAGAUGUUCGUGAAUGAUUUGAAUACGCAGCGGAUGCUGCAGGACGAAUACCUGAAGCUACUACCCGACAUGCACCGACUGAGCAAGCGAUUCCAGCGCCAGGCUGCGACGCUCGAGGACGUUGUUCGCGUCUACCAGGCCGUCGAGCAACUUCCUGGGCUCAUAUCUACUCUCGAGGCCAUGCAGCCCGAAGAGGACGGCUACCAAGCCUUGCUUGAAGAGACAUAUCUCGUGCAACUACGCAAGUUCAACGAGACGCUGGAAAAGUACGCCGAAAUGGUACAGCAGACGAUUGACCUGGACGCUUUGGAGCGCCAUCAGUUCGUAAUCAAGCCCGAACACGACGCCAAGUUGGCGGCCCUGAGUGAAAAGAUCCAGGCUGCACAAGCGGGAAUGGACGAGGAGCACGAGUCCGUGGCUGAUGACCUUGGAUUGGACAAGACGAAGAAGCUGCAUCUGGAGAACACCACGCAGUAUGGAUAUUGUUUCCGGGUGACACAAAAAGACGGGAAGAACAUGGCGAAAAAGUAUGUGGAGCUGGGUAUCACCAAGUCGGGCGUGCACUUCAGAACCGAAACGCUCCGCGGAUUGGCCGAGGACUUCAAGGAUGCGAGCGAUAAGUACGCUCGUGCACAGGCUGAUCUUGUCAAAGAGGUCGUUAGCAUCGCAGCAACUUACACUCCGGUGCUCGAGUCAUUGGAUCAUAUCAUUGCCCAUCUGGACGUCAUCUUAAGUUUCGCGCAUGUGUCCAUCAGUGCGCCAGAACCUUUUAUUAGACCCAAGGUCACGGAGCGAGGGACGGGCGACCUGGUGCUCAGAGAUGCACGGCAUCCCUGCCUGGAGGUUCAAGAUGAUAUCACAUUCAUUCCAAACGACGUCGAGAUGGUCAAAGACCAGAGCGAGUUCCAGAUCAUCACUGGGCCCAACAUGGGCGGAAAAUCCACGUACAUCCGCCAAGUAGGCGUUAUCGCUUUGAUGGCGCAGACAGGAUGUUUUGUGCCGUGCUCAGAUGCGCGCUUACCCAUCUUCGAUUCCGUACUGUGUCGUGUCGGAGCGGGCGACAGUCAACUGAAGGGCGUGUCGACGUUCAUGGCAGAGAUGCUGGAAACGGCUACGAUUCUACGCACUGCGACGAAGGACUCGUUGAUCAUCAUUGACGAGCUAGGCAGAGGGACAUCGACUUAUGAUGGAUUCGGACUGGCUUGGGCGAUUUCAGAACACAUUGCAUCCGAAAUCCACGCAUUCUGUCUGUUCGCCACCCACUUCCACGAGCUCACUGCGCUUGACCAGCAGCUGUCGCACGUCAAGAAUCUGCAUGUUGUUGCACAUGUUGACGACGCCGACGAGCAGCAACAGCAGCAGAUCACGCUUCUGUACAAAGUCGAAGCUGGGAUCUCGGACCAAAGCUUCGGAAUCCACGUCGCCCAGAUCGCCGGCUUCCCCGAACGCGUAGUGAAGCUCGCGAAGAGGAAGGCCGACGAGCUGGAAGAUUUCGGCGUCGAAAGGCAAGAGGCUGUCGACGACGAUCCCGCGAUGACUGAGGAAGGCAUGCGGAUCGUGGAGGAGUUGUUUGCUGCGUGGGCUGCUGAACAAGACCAGGAGAUGCCUGACGCGGCGGACGAGGAUGUCUCUAUGGAGGACGAUGAUUUCGCCGACCUCGCUAGUCUCAAACGCUGUGUGGAGCAGUACAGAUCCAGGAUAGAGGCGAACCCGUGGCUGGGAAAACUGUUGGAAGGGCUCGCUUGAGCUUUGGAGGAGCGAUCAAACCGGCUCAUACUGAUAUUGCUAUCUUGCUGUUCUGCUCUUAAUAUUUGCAUUAUUGUUGUAUAUUAUUCAUCCCACUACAUAGAUAACCGCGAACUCUAACUGGGCGUUCUCCGUAACAUCGCAACCAAUUGUUUCG